CGGCAAGAGGCGGAAGCAGAGCAGAAGGCCGGGGCAGGCUGUUGCUGCUGAAAAAUCUGUGGCUACCCGGCGCUGCGCUCGAGCCGAGGAGGCGAGGCAGACCUCGGGCUCCUUUGCCGCCUCCCGGAGCUCUCACGACGCCGACCUCCUUGCCAGAAUGGCUCGGGGCGAGCGGCGGCGCCGCGGAACGCUGGCAGAUGGAGCGCGGACCGCUGAGGGGGCGUCUCGAAGCGGCACCGCGCGACGGGACAGCCGUGUUGGCAUGACCCGUGGCACGGUCGCGGGAGCCGUUCUGGCCAUCGUAGUCCUGCCUCUGGCCCUGAGUCUGUCGGGAAGCUGGCUGCUGGCGUGGCAUCGCGCGCGGCAGGCGGUCACGCUGCACUCCGCGCCCCCCGCGCUGCCUCUCAACUCUUCGAGCCCCGCCGUGGCCCCGCACCUCUUCUGGGGCACUUACCGCCCUCACGUAUACUUUGGCAUGAAGACUCGCAGCGCUCAGCCCCUCCUCACCGGACUGAUGUGGGCGCAGCAAGGGCCUGCCCCAGGGACCCCUAAGCUCAGGCACACGUGUGAGCAGGGAGACGGAGUGGGUCCCUAUGGCUGGGAGUUCCACGACGGUCUCUCCUUCGGGCGGCAGCACAUCCAGGAUGGGGCUUUAAGGCUCACUACUGAAUUCGUCAAGAGACCUGGGGGUCAGCACGGAGGAGACUGGAGCUGGAGAGUGACUGUAGAGCCUCAGGCCCCAGGUACCUCUGCCCUCCCUUUGGUGUCCUUGUUCUUCUAUGUGGUGACAGAUGGCGAGGAAGUCUUAGUGCCAGAGGUUGGAGCUAAGGGGCAGUUGAAGUUCAUCAGUGGGCACACCAAUGAACUUGGUGACUUCCGUUUUACACUUCUGGCACCAACCAGUCCUGGGGAUACUGGUCCCAAGUAUGGCAGCUACAAUGUCUUCUGGUCCUCCAACCCAGGACUUCCCUUGCUGACAGAAGUGGUGAAGAGUCGCCUAAAUAGCUGGUUUCAGCAUCGGCCCCCAGGGGCCUCCUCUGAACGCUACCUUGGCUUGCCAGGAUCUCUGAAGUGGGAGGACAGAGGCCCAAGUGGGCAAGGACAGGGACAAGGGCAGUUCUUGAUACAACAGGUGACACUGAAAGUCCCAUUUUCAAUGGAGCUGGUAUUUGAAUCAGGCAGUGCCCGGGCAGAAAACCAAGCCCUGGGGCAGCUGGCAGGUAGCCUGCUGACCCAGGCCCUGGAGAGCCAUACUGAAGCCUUUAGAGAGCGAUUUGAGAAGACGUUCCGGCUGCAGGAGAAGGGCCUGAGCACUGAGGAGCAGGCUUUGGGUCAGGCUGCCCUCAGUGGCCUCCUCGGUGGAAUUGGCUACUUCUAUGGACAAGGUCUGGUAUUGCCAGACACGAGUGUUGAGGGGUCUGAGCAGAAGGUGGCCCCAGCCCUUUUCCCACCUGUCCCUCUCUUCACAGCAGUGCCCUCCCGGUCAUUCUUUCCACGAGGCUUCCUCUGGGACGAGGGCUUUCACCAGCUGGUGGUCCAGCGGUGGGAUCCCUACCUCACCCGGGAAGCCCUAGGCCACUGGCUGGGGCUGCUCAAUGCUGAUGGCUGGAUUGGGCGGGAGCAGGUGCUGGGGGAUGAGGCUCGAGCCCGGGUACCCCCAGAAUUCCUGGUGCAACGGACAGUCCACGCCAACCCCCCAACCCUACUUUUACCUGUAGCCCACAUGCUAAAGGGUGGUGACCCUGCCGACUUAGCCUUCCUCCGCAGGGCCUUCCCCCGCCUGCAUGCUUGGUUCUCUUGGCUCCAUCAGAGCCAGGCAGGGCCAGUGCCAUUGUCUUACCGCUGGCGGGGCCGGGACCCAGUUUUGCCAACCUUAUUGAACCCCAAGACACUGCCUUCAGGGCUAGAUGACUAUCCCCGGGCUUCACACCCUUCAGCCACCGAGCGGCACCUGGACCUGCGGUGCUGGGUGGCACUAGGUGCCCGUGUGAUGGUGCGGCUAGCAGAACAGCUAGGAGAAACUGAGGCAGCUGCAGAGCUGGGCCCACUGGCUGCCUCAUUGGAGACAGAGGAAAUCCUGGAUGAGCUACACUGGGCCCCAGAGCUAGGAGUCUUUGCAGACUUUGGGAACCACACAAAAGCUGUGCAUCUAAAGCCUCAGUCCCCUCAGGGGCUAGUGCGGGUAGUGGGCCGGCCCCAUCCUCGCUUACAAUAUGUGGAUGCAUUGGGCUAUGUCAGUCUUUUUCCCUUGCUGCUGCGGCUGCUGGACCCCCACUCAUCCCGCCUUGGUCCUCUGCUGGAUGUUCUAGCUGACAGUCGUCAUCUCUGGAGCCCCUUUGGUUUGCGCUCCCUUGCAGCCUCUAGCUCCUUUUAUGGCCAGCGCAAUUCAGAGCAUGAUCCUCCCUACUGGCGGGGUGCUGUGUGGCUCAAUAUCAACUACCUGGCCUUGGGAGCUCUCCACCACUAUGGGCAUCUGGAGGGUCCCCACCAGGCCCGGGCUGCCAAGCUCCACAAGAAGCUGCGUGCCAAUGUGGUGGGCAAUGUGUGGCGGCAGUACCAGGCCACAGGGUUCCUGUGGGAGCACUACAGUGACUGGGACGGGAAGGGCAUGGGCUGCCGCCCUUUCCAUGGUUGGACUAGCCUUGUCCUACUGGCCAUGGCUGAAGACUACUAAAGGGGGAAGGUGGAAGGGGAGCCAGGCCCCUUGUGCCACUCUGGACUAGAGGGACAAGGUCUCUAGCUUCUUCCCCCCAGUCCUCAGAUACCAGUUUCAGACUCUCCUCAGCUCAUCUCAGGUUUCUCCUUACUGUCAUCCCAUAUAGCUCUGGGGUGAAUGUGAAUUCGGAGUCUAUUUUUCUAAAUAAAUUGAAAAACCAUGCCAAA